AUGGCAGACUCACUGCCCCUUCCCAGCGUCGAGAGGCCUUUUGGCAUCCACCUAUGGCCGCUCUUUAGCCAAGCGUUCGAAUAUGUGGCAGGAUAUCCGGCCGAAAAGUUCGAUUUCGUUGUUGGCGAGACGCCAAUGUCCACGCUGAGGGACACGUCCAUCUUUGUCGCUAUUUACUAUCUCAUUAUUUUCGGUGGCCGCGAGCUGAUGCGGAACCGGGAGCCCUUCAAACUGAAGACGCUCUUUUUGAUACACAACUUCGUCCUCACGGCUGUCAGCGCACUUCUGCUGGCGCUCUUCAUCGAGCAAUUGCUCCCCACUAUUGUUCGACGCGGAAUUCUCUUCGCCGUCUGCGAUGCUGAUGGCGGCUGGACAAAGCCUCUCAUUGUUCUGUACUAUAUGACCUAUCUCACCAAAUAUCUCGAACUCUUGGAUACAGUUUUCCUCUUCCUCAAGAAGAAGCCUCUGACUUUCCUUCACUGCUACCACCACGGCGCCACCGCAGUGCUUUGCUAUACACAGCUGAUCGGCAGCACAUCAGUCCAAUGGGUUCCUAUUUCUUUGAACCUCCUCGUCCACGUCGUCAUGUACUGGUAUUACUUCCAGAGUGCCCGUGGAGUACGUAUCUGGUGGAAGGAGUGGGUGACUCGCCUGCAAAUCAUUCAGUUUGUCAUCGACCUGGGCUUUGUCUACUUUGCAUCAUACACAUACUUUACAUCCACCUACUGGCCUUGGAUGCCCAAUUGGGGAAGCUGCGCUGGCAAGGAAUUCGCUGCAUAUUCCGGCAUCAUUGUUCUCAGCUCAUAUCUUGUCCUCUUCAUUUCAUUUUAUUUUGCAACUUAUGCAAACAAGGGGAAAAAGUCCACUGCGCAAAAGUCAUCACGCCAAGCUUCCAAGCCAUUGGCUUCAGCAUCCGGAGUGCCCGCUCACGGCGAGGACUACGCUGGCACUAACGGCUCUUCGAUUCGGUCUCGGAAGACUAGAAACUAA